AUGCAGGCGUCCAUGUCACCGACCUUUCUUCAAAAGGAGUUCAUCACCAAAGGCCUCACGAGCUGUCCUCUGGCAGUCCACAUCCCCGAUGCACCGCAACCGCCGUGCGCAUGUGGAGGAACAGUGGUGUUUCAUAUGAACCAGCUAAAGGAUAUGAUGGCCAACGCCAGCCACCUGCGAGUCGAUCAGAUGCUGCAGGGGAUCAAGCUCGCUCUGUCCGUCUGCCAAGGAUACCUACAAUGCAGAAAUUGCCCAAAAGACAGCACCAGUCUGCUGCUGCCUAUCUCUACGAUAGACUUUACACUGCAACUGUUCGAAUACUGGAUAUCGUAUGGGCUGGCGGCGCAACAUUCAGUGGGCGUCGACAGUGCAAGGAUAAGAUAUGGAGACUUUGAAUUGUGUUCGGAGGAAAGUUGGUGGAUCAGUCGUUUCCUGCUCCGUGCGCGACUCAUCCAGUGCAAGGAGGUGUUUACUGUGCUUCAGGAAGCGAUCGAUGUCUGCCUCGGAUCGCCAUCCGGUCAUCUCGGGCAAGGACUGUAUGAUGAGAACCGCGGAGGCAGCUGUCUCGAUCAGAUCCUUCGGGGGUACGAAGAAACCGUGGAAGCUUUUCUGCGUUGUUUAUCGGGGAAUGAUGCAUGUCCUACUUGA